UUUAAAAACCUCAUGCAUAUAUUUAAAUUUUACUGACUAUUUCAUUUCUCUUGACCUCAUAAUCAAUGAUGUAGGAACCCGAAUUAAAAAAACUUAAAAUAAAAAUAGUUUAUAGUUUUGGCAAAGUAGUUUAUGAAAUGAUAAUAAAAUUUGAUAAAUUCACUAAAGUACAUUUUAAUAUUUGAACUAUUUAUUUAAAUUAUUGUAAAAUUCCGGCGCGUAGCGCCGGCAACCACUAGUUUAUGAAUAUUCCUAAAGAUACCUUUUGUUGUUUUUGUUUUUGUUUUUUUGUUAUGAUUUUUUGGAUAAACAAUACUAAUUCUGUUCCCGAAAAUAAGAUUUUCUAAAUUUUAUUUUUGUUCUGAAAAAAUAGAUUUUUUAUAUUUUAAGGUAUUUUAUAAACUUUCGAGAAAUAUUGGUUGUACAUAUUUGUCUUGAUUAAAUUUUAUUGGUAGAUAGUUAUUGAAAACUAUAUGAAAAAAUAAAUUGUAUAUUAAAUUGUAAAUAUUUAUUAUAUUUUUAAUAAACAUAAAAACUCUAGAAAUCUUAUUUUUUAGAGUGGAGGUAGUAUAUUUCUGUGAAUCUAAUUCGAAUAAAUUCAAUGGGAUUUAAGUUCGGUUUGGAUUUAAUCAUUUUAGUUUAGUCGAUUACUAAAACUAACACCUCUAUGUUUGCACUACUUAAUUAUCUUGAGAUAUUUGUGUAGGCAUAUAUAGUAACAAAUAAAAUUUGCAAAAAAUAUUUCAUUGUAUAAAUGGUUUUGUUUAAUAUAUAAUGCGACGUAUCUAGACUACUAAAACUAAUUUCAUUGUAUAAAUAGGUUUGAUUAAUAUGUAUAUAUAUAUAUUGCGGCGUCUCUAGACUACUAAUCAUUUUAGUUUAGUCGAUUACUAAAACUAACACCUCUAUGUUUGCACUACUUAAUUAUCUUGAGAUAUUUGCGUAGGCAGAUACUGUAACAAAAAAAAAUUGCAAAAAGUAUUUCAUUGGAUAAAUGGUUCUGUUUAAUAUAUAAUGCGACGUAUCUAGACUAUAGCAAUUAGUACUCGGAUUUAAUACCAUUAAUCUAUAUAUUAUCUUAAAUAAAACAAAAAUUAAAUGAUUUUGAGAAUUAGGAAAAUAUCUUCCACAAUCGAAUAUCUUAUCCAUUGAACCGAACUCAACUCUUUAGGCUCUUAUAAACGGUCUUUUGUUCUAAGAAAAUUGAAUUGAAACAGUAACUAACGACAACAGUGAAAACAUACUGAAGUCAUGGAUCCUCCUUCAACUCAAAUGACUUGCGUUCUAAGGCUGGAUACUGAGACUAGUGGAUGGGACAAAUCUAUGCAUAAGCUUUUUAAGGGCGUUCAAGAUGUGACAUACACAAUCGAUGCAACAAGAGGAUUAGUUUAUCUAUCAGGAAGAGCCAGCCCUGAGAUUGUUCUAAGGAUUCGUAAAGCGAAGAAACACGCAAAGUUAAUCCACAUGGAUUAUGGUCACGUUAUUCCUCCUCCCUACAACCCUCCUAAUCCUUUCGAAACCGUACCUAUCACAUACAAUAAUUACCAAAAUACAUGGCCACCAUCGCCGUAUCCGCCGAUGUACCAGCCAACGGCGCCGCCGUCUCCGAUGACGCAGUAUAUGAACUACCAUCAAGACCCCAAUAUCCAACAACCUCAUCCUAUGGCGUUUCCGUAUAACUAUUAUCCGUACUACGUACCGGAGGUGCUUCACUCUCCACCUCCGUAUAUACCGACGCGAGACGGCGUCACCGGCGAGCAGCAGUGUCGUAUCUUGUGAAGAGGAUGUCGUAUGAGCGCUUAAGCACUGGUUUGGUAUUUUUUUUUUUAUAUAUCAAAUCGUGGACAAACAAAUGGUUUUAACACAUUUCUUGUUUUUUUUAUCAACACAUUUCUUGUUUAUUUUAUCACUUUUCUCAUACUAUAAUCACAAGGGGAUGAUAUUAACAGAAGACUCUAGCAAGUUAUGAGAUUAAUAGAUUGUGUUUCAAAAUC